AUGGCCAUCUUUAACUUGCCCCGAUCAUUUCAAAAUGUCAAUGCUAUUGCCCAGGCCCCAAUAGGCGCCAACGGCUUCUUCAUAAGCGCCCAUGAAAGCCAUCCCCCAUUCUUUCAAUUAGUGCUGCUCGUCUUUUCAGCUGUGCUGGAAGUUGUCUGCGUCAGCUUCCCUGGUUAUAUUGCCGCCCGUCAGGGCAUUUUUGAUGCCGAUGCCCAGAAGCUGGUAGCAAACCUCAAUGUGACUCUGUUCACCCCCUGCCUCAUUUUUACCAAAUUGGGGUCACAAUUAACCGCUGAAAAGGUGACGGACUUGGCUAUCAUCCCGGUCAUUUUUAUUGUCCAGACUUUCGUCUCAUACUUCUGUUCCUUCGUUGUCGCAAAAUGUUGCCGCUUCAAGAAGCGGCAGUCGAAUUUCGUGGCUGCCAUGGCGGUCUUUGGCAAUUCAAACUCUCUCCCGAUAUCUCUCGUCAUAUCGCUUUCGCAGACCCUCAAAGGCCUCCACUGGGACCAGCUCCCAAACGACAACGAUGACGAAGUCGCCGCACGCGGCAUUCUAUACCUGCUUAUCUUCCAGCAGCUAGGACAACUUGUGCGCUGGAGUUGGGGAUACCACAUUCUCUUAGCGCCUAAGGACCGGUACCUCGAGGAGGCCGACGGCGAAGAGAGUGGCCAGUCAAUCAUCGAGCAGGGCCAGGCGCGGUAUAGCGACAACCCGGACCAGACAGAUCCAGACGAACCGCUAGUCAGAACACGCAGCUCAGACGAUCUACACCAUGACCACCACGCAACACACACCGACCGCCGCUUCCAAUCCGGCGACCAAACACCCGUGUCAACGCGAGCUUAUUCCUACUCGAAGCUGUCUUCCGCCCAUUCAGACGACCUCGACUCAGACGAUACACCCUCAGUAAUUGGACCACCACCUACCGGCCCCUUCCUGCCCCGCCAAAGCUCCCAAGGCGACAUCCUCCAAUUCCCAGAUGUCGAAAUCACCGCGCGGGAAGCUCAAGAAGCCGAGAAAACGCGUUUCCAGCGCUGCAAAGCGUGUCUGCGCAAAUCGCGAGACCGCCUGAGCCAAUGGCGAGAAAAGAAGACUAACGCCCUCCACGCACGCCUCCCACCAAAGGUCCAAAAGGCCCUCGCAUCAACCACGCUCGGACUGCGCCGCUUCCUCCAUGGCUUAUGGGACUUCAUGAACCCGCCGCUGUGGGCAAUGCUAGUAUCAAUCGUCGUCGCCUCCGUACCAACGCUCCAGCGCCUCUUCUUCGACGACGGCACCUUCGUUCGCAACUCAGUCACCCGCGCCAUCGAGCAGAACGGACAGGUCGCGGUGCCGCUGAUCCUGGUCGUGCUUGGCGCGAACCUCGCGCGCAAUACAAUCCCCGAAGAGGCGCUGGCGGACAUGGAACAUCCCCGCGACGAACGCAAGCUUAUAAUCGCUUCACUUGUUGCGCGCAUGCUUCUUCCCACUAUUAUCAUGGCUCCAAUUUUGGCGCUCAUGGCCAAGUUUGUGCCGAUUAGCAUCCUCGAUGACCCGAUUUUCAUUAUUGUCUGCUUCCUGCUUACGGGUGCGCCCUCGGCGUUGCAGUUGGCGCAGAUCUGUCAGAUCAAUAACGUUUAUGUUAGCGCUAUGUCGAAACUCUUGUUCCAGAGUUAUGUUGUCUGGAUCCUCCCCUCGACCCUCGUGCUUGUCAUGUGCGCUUUGGAGGUCGUCGAGUGGGCCGCCUCUUCGUAG